AUGUGUAAAAAACUUAAUUCAGGGCAUUUCUUAGUCUGCUACAUGUGCGACAGUUUUGGAGAGAAUAACUGUUUUGAUACGACCUGCAUUGGUACAGCUUGCAUUAAACGUCUCGCCCUUGUUGAUGGAAUAAUUAGAGUACAAAAAAUGUGCCAACAAACGAGUGAACCGUUUCUAGACCACUGUGAAAGAAGUGUUCUCUGGAAAGAUGGCAUCGGUACCGAAUGCGUUUGCCAAAAAGAUUAUUGCAACAAUACCAGCAAGUCACAUCGAAACAACUUGCUAACUGCACUCAUUUUUAUUAUUAACUAUUUAAUUUAA